UGGAACUUUAGAGAUCAUCUAUCUAGUCAACCCCCACAGCUCAUAGAUGGAGAAUGGGGGUCUGCAUUUGUACAGCUAGCUCAUCCACCAUGACCAAUCUGAGCACCCAAGUUAAAGGCUCUCUCAACAUCACCACCCCGGGGCUGCAGAUAUGGAGGAUCGAGGCCAUGCAGAUGGUGCCUGUUCCUUCCAGCACAUUUGGGAACUUCUUUGAUGGUGACUGCUACGUAGUCCUGGCUAUCCACAAGACGGGCAGCAACUUGUCCUAUGACAUCCACUACUGGAUUGGCCAGGCCUCAUCCCAGGAUGAGCAGGGGGCAGCUGCCAUCUACACCACGCAGAUGGAUGACUUCCUGAAGGGCCGGGCUGUCCAGCACCGUGAGGUCCAGGGCAAUGAGAGCGAGACCUUCCGAGGCUACUUCAAGCAGGGCCUUGUGAUCCAGAAAGGAGGUGUGGCUUCCGGCAUGAAACGGGUGGAGACCAACUCCUAUGACAUCCAGCGGCUGCUGCACGUCAAGGGCAAGAGGAAUGUCGUGGCCGGAGAGGUGGAGAUGUCUUGGGAUAGUUUCAACCUAGGGGAUGUUUUCCUCCUGGACCUCGGGAAGCUUAUCAUCCAGUGGAAUGGGCCAGAGAGUAACCGCAUGGAGAGACUCAGGGGCAUGACCCUGGCCAAGGAGAUUCGAGACCAGGAGCGGGGCGGGCGCACCUAUGUGGGCGUGGUGGAUGGGGAGAAGGAGUCAGAGUCCCCGCAGCUGAUGCAGGUGAUGUACCAUGUGCUGGGCCAGCGCAGGGAGCUGAAGGCAGCCAUACCUGACUCAGUGGUGGAGCCGGCACUCAAGGCCGCCCUCAAGUUGUACCAUGUGUCUGACUUGGAGGGAAAACUCUUGGUUAGGGAAGUCGCCACACGGCCACUCACACAGGACCUGCUCAGUCAUGAGGACUGUUACAUCCUGGACCAGGGGAGCUUGAGGAUCUAUGUGUGGAGGGGGAAGAAUGCCAAUGAACAGGAGAAGAAAGGAGCCAUGAGCCAGGCCCUGAACUUUAUCAAAGCCAAGCAGUACUCACCGAGCACACAGGUGGAGGUGCAGAAUGAUGGGGCCGAGUCAGCUGUCUUUCAGCAGCUCUUCCAGAAGUGGACAGUGCCCAACCAGACCUCAGGCCUGGGCAAAACACACACUGUGGGCUCCGUGGCCAAGGUGGAGCAGGUAAAGUUUGAUGCCACGUCCAUGCAUGUCCAGCCUCAGGUGGCUGCCCAGCAGAAGAUGGUUGACGACGGGAGUGGGGAGGUGCAGGUGUGGCGCAUUGAGAACCUUGAGCUGGUGCCUGUGGAUUCCAAGUGGCUAGGCCACUUCUACGGGGGCGACUGCUACCUGCUGCUCUACACCUACCUCAUCGGCGAGAAGCAGCACUACCUGCUCUACAUCUGGCAGGGCAGCCAGGCCAGCCAGGAUGAAAUCACAGCCUCAGCCUAUCAAGCUGUCAUCCUGGACCGGAAGUACAAUGAUGAGCUGGUCCAGAUCCGGGUCCCGAUGGGCAGGGAGCCACCUCACCUCUUAUCCAUCUUCAAGGGACAGAUGGUGGUCUACCAGGGAGGCACCUCCCGAGCUAACAACAUGGAGCCUAUGCCUUCCACACAGCUGUUCCAGGUCCGGGGAACCAGUGCCAACAACACUAAAGCCUUUGAGGUCCCAGCCCGGGCCACCUUUCUCAACUCCAAUGACGUCUUCAUCCUCAAGACCCAGUCCUGCUGCUACCUGUGGUGUGGAAAGGGCUGCAGUGGGGAUGAGAGGGAGAUGGCCAAGAUGGUUGCAGACAUCAUCUCCCGGACAGAGAAACAAGUGGUGGUGGAAGGGCAGGAGCCAGCCAACUUCUGGAUGGCCUUGGGUGGGAAGGCCCCCUAUGCCAACACCAAGAGACUGCAGGAAGAAAACCUGGUCAUCGCCCCCCGACUCUUUGAAUGUUCCAACAAGACAGGGCGCUUCCUGGCCACAGAGAUCCCCGACUUCAUUCAGGAUGACUUGGAAGAGGAUGAUGUGUUCCUGCUAGAUGUCUGGGACCAGGUCUUCUUCUGGAUUGGGAAGCACGCCAAUGAGGAGGAGAAAAAGGCUGCAGCCAUCACUGCGCAGGAAUACCUCAAGACCCACCCUGGUGGGCGUGACCCUGAGACUCCCAUCAUUGUGGUGAAGCAGGGACAUGAGCCUCCCACCUUCACAGGCUGGUUCCUGGCUUGGGACCCCUUCAAGUGGAGUAACUCUAAAUCCUAUGAAGAUCUGAAGGCGGAGCUUGUAAACUGUGAGGACUGGAGUCAGAUCACUGCUGAGGCCACAAGCCCCAAAGUGGACGUGUUCAAUGCUAACACCAACCUCAGUUCUGGGCCUCUGCCCAUCUUCCCCCUGGAGGAGCUGGUGAACAAGCCUGUGGAGGAGCUCCCCCAGGGUGUGGACCCUAGCAGGAAGGAGGAGCACCUGUCCAUUGAAGAUUUCACCAAGGCCUUGGGGAUGACUCCAGCUGCCUUCUCUGCCCUGCCUCGAUGGAAGCAACAAAACCUCAAGAAAGAAAAAGGACUAUUUUGAGAAGCAAGAGUGACUGUGGUUGUAAAGCAGAACCCUAUUCUGCUUGUAGGGUUGUUUUGUUUUUAUUACUGGUAUUAGUCUUAUGCCAAUUGAAGUGAAAUUUUAGUUAUACCUGUGAGCAGCAGUCUGUUGGAAUGCCACUUUUGUUUAGUAAUCUGUUCAGAAAGACAAUGCCACUACAAGGAGCCUGUGGUCCCAAUUUGAGCUUCAGGAAGGUGGCUGGAUUGCUUCUAUUCAGGUGUUACUUCACUUUUAACCAUCCUGUUCUAGAGCUUUCUCAGAAGAGAGCCAAACACUCCAUGGAACAUUAGAGUACUGAAACAUCACCCCAGGUUUCUCUCUAUUGUGACUCAUUUUUAUUUACAGCAGGUGGGCUGAAGCACUUUGCAGUUUUACAUCUUUCCCAGAGCAAUGGCUUUUCCUUUUCACGUACACUUUCCUCACUGCCUUACUCAGGAGGUAAGGUAAAGGAAACCCCUCUUUGAAGGAGAGGUGAAUGGCCUAGGAGAUUGCCCUCUUAGAAGGUUUCACAAUCCUUAUUAAAUAGUACCCAGUGAGAGCAGCAUAUCCACUGGUCUAGGCUUGAGGUCUAAAUUCAAGUAUGAAAUGCAAAUUCUAUUUCACUCUCACCCCCCAACUCUUAAUACAGCAAAGGAAAAGCUUAGGUAAGGCCAAUGCGAAGUUUACAAAUUGUUAUCCAGAAGCUUCUGCAAAGCUUCACAGCCUCCUCAGAUGAAAACUACAGAAACUCGGUGGUGACUAUGACCAAACAUGGCUUUGCCAUUCCAUUUCCUUUAAGAUGUAACAGCGCUGCAUGGAAAUCCAAGUCAGAAAGCCAACAGAAGGUGAUUUCCACAACUUCAAACAUCUGGUUAUUAAAGGUGUCUGCAAGAAUGUGUUCUUAUCAGAAAUAACAGUCAAACAAACAGAAGGUUAAUAAAGGCUUUAAUUUCACACACACACAAAAAAAACUAUGCAUAAUUUAAAAAGGAAACAAGGAAAAACAGUAAAGGACACAGAGGAAUAGUUCUGCUAAAACACAGAUAAAGUGCCGCUCCAUACAAAACAACAAAGAAUCGGAAUCAAGUAACUCUGAACACACAAAAAAAAUCACCUCACAGAUGAUGUGGCCAAAGCUGCUAGCAAACCUGGUAGUGGCUCAAUCAGGCAGUGUAGCAACCUCACUUCUGUUUUCCUCUCCCUAAGCAUAAACAAACAAUACUGACAAUAGGCCAGAGAAGGUGGGGAGGGAAAAGCUCAGAAGGAAAGCCGGGGGACAAGAGGUGUGCACACCCACAUGUGGUCUCACUUUUUACACAGGCCCACUCUAUUUUUGAAAUAGACCAGCUCAGUUGAUGGCUCUUUUGUUCUGGCAUUAACCAGACAAAUUUGGCUCCUGAUCCACACCCUCAUUCACUCUAUUUCUAUGCCAGUGGACUUACCUAUACUUUGAACCUCUGUACUUUAAGAAAAGCCCAGUGUUACUGAAAUCAAAUGCUUAUAUUCAUACUGGCACACUUUUUAUUAAAAACUUCAAAACCUCAGACACACA